UGGGGAAAUAAACUCUAGUUUAUUUUUGUCAAGUAACUACGACUACGGAAAGUAAAGAUAGAAAGGACAGUCUUGUUGUGUGGGGAUGACAGGAGAUAAUUCCGACGCCCGCUGUCCUGGAACUGCAGGGGGUGACAAGAUGGACCGCUGCUCAGAGGGGACGUGAUAGUCAAAUGGCCGUCCUGCUCCCCCAAUGAAACGCCAGCUUCGAAGACAAGCACAGAGGGAGAAGUUUGCACGACGAGUUGUACUGCUGUCACAGGAAAUGGAUGCUGGGUUACAGGCAUGGCAGCUCAGGCAGCAGGAGAAGCUUCAGGAAGAAGAACAGAAACGGAAAAGCGCUCUUAAGCCCAAAGGGACCUCGCGGCAGUGCCCAUGCCCAAGUCAAUAAAAGCAACUCCUGUCCCUUUCCCCAGCCUCUUUCUUUUCUAUCAUCUGGAUGUCUUAGCCAGAAGAGAGCCUUUAUUUGGUCCUCCCUGACCCCCCAUUUAUCUGUGGAGCGAAAGAGCUGGCUCACCAGGAAGGACGGGCUAUAGGGUCAUUGUCCAGGAGGCACAGUGCCCUGGGCCCUGGCUCCACCCAGUUCCUCUGAAUGUUGCGCUGGGGUUUUGCUCCCGUGCUUUGCAGGCCACAGGAUUGGCCCACUUUAGGA